AUGUCGGCCAUGCUGCCAGCCCUCGGAGACAAAGCGCAGGCGCUGCGAGCGGCCGUGGACAGCAACCACAUUGACGAAGCGACUGCGCUGCUCGCGCAGCUGAAAAUUGCGCUGACAACGCUACCGGCGCUGUCUCUAUGUACCGUCAGCUCUUCCACGGCACAGCAGGAGCUCGAGCUCGCGCGUCACGUGCUGGAAAGCGCGACGUUGUUGAGCAUCUUGUGCGAAGACAUGACUGCGUAUGAGCGCAGUGUGCUGCAGCUCAAGGUCUACUACAGCAGUGGCCUGCAACCAUCAGCUCUGCAUUACCCGAUCUUGGGGACCCGACUGCUGCAGCUGUUGGUCGAGAACCGUAUGGCCGAGUUCCAUAACGAGCUCGAGCUGUUGCCGGAACCGAGUCGGGAAGACCCGAAUGUCGCGUUUGCGAUCAAACUGGAGCAGUACUUGAUGGAAGGCACGUACAACAAGGUGCUGGAGGCGCGCACGCACGUGCCGAACCCGUACUUUGCGUUUUUCCUGUCACAGCUGCUGCAAACAGUGCGUGAAAACAUUGCAGACUGUGCGGAAGUCGCCUAUCAGUGCCUCACGUUGGCCGACGCGCAAAAGAUGCUCAUUUUUGACUCGGCUGCGGAGCUUCGUGCGUACAUUGAAGAUGAAAAGACCGAGUGGGUGGUACGCGAAGGUCGAGUGUGGUUCAAGGCGCCGGAGAAAUCGCUGAGUGCGUCGGAUAUUCCGUCGCUGAGAUUAGUUGGCGAGACGCUGGCGUAUGCGACGGAACUGGACCGUAUCGUAUAG